AUGAACAAUUUCCAAAUGUACCGCCACAUCAUGAGUCCUGGCUGGACCAUCGGCUGGACUUGGGCCAAGAAAGAGGUGAUUUGGUCCAUGGUGGGGGCCCAAACCACCGAGCAAGGUGAUUGCUCCAAGUUCAAAGGCAAUAUCCCACAUUGCUGCAAGAAAGACCCGACAAUUGUCGAUCUCCUCCCUGGAGUCCCUUACAAUCAGCAAUUCUCCAAUUGUUGCAAAGGUGGUGUGCUGGCGGCGUGGGGCCAGGACCCACAGGCUGCCGUGUCAGCCUUCCAGGUCAGCGUGGGCCAGGCUGGCACCUCCAACAAGACAGUCAAGUUGCCCAAGAACUUCACCCUUCUUGGGCCUGGCCCGGGAUACACUUGCGGCCCGGCUAAGAUUGUUCCCCCCACAAACUUCCUCACGCCUGACCGGCGAAGGAAAACUCAGGCCUUGAUGACGUGGAAUGUGACGUGCACGUAUUCUCAGUUCAUGGCCCGAAAGCACCCGACUUGUUGCGUGUCCUUCUCGUCAUUCUACAACGAGACGAUCACGCCUUGCCCGUCUUGCUCAUGUGGCUGUGAAAACAAGAACAAAUGCAUCAAGAGCGACUCGAAACUCCUGAGCAUGGUGGGGAUAAAUACUCCGAAAAAGGACAAUACACCCCUUUUGCAAUGCACGCACCAUAUGUGUCCUGUUCGUGUACACUGGCAUGUGAAGGUGAACUACAAAGACUACUGGAGAGUAAAAGUAGCCGUAACAAAUUUUAACUACAGAAUGAACUAUACACAGUGGACACUUGUCAUCCAGCACCCGAACCUCAACAAUGUCACCCAAGUUUUCAGCUUUGAUUACAAGCCACUCGUCCCGUUUGGCUCCAUCAACGACACGGGUAUGUUCUAUGGCAUGAAGUUCUACAAUGAUCUGUUGAUGGAAGCUGGGCAAUUUGGAAAUGUUCAGUCAGAAGUGCUUAUGCAGAAGGAUAAAGACACUUUUACCCUCAGGCAAGGGUGGGCUUUUCCUCGGAGAGUGUACUUCAACGGGGAGGAGUGCAUGCUGCCCUCACCCGAUUCUUACCCGUUUUUGCCGAAUUCUGCUCCCUCAAGUCUAGCUUCUUUCUUGAUGUUGACUUUUUCUGCGCUAGUUAUGUCGCUUAUUACAAUUUGGUGAUAAUUUUAUUUAUUUUUUUGGCGGUAUUUGAAAUUUUGAAGAAAAUCAGAAAGGCUUGUAUACAGUUUUACAUACAGAAAUUAUACAGUUGAAUUGCUAGAUUUGUGAACAUGAAAGAUGGAAAAAUGAAAUAAUAACCAAUAAUUUUCAUGUAUACACACAUUGUUGUAUCUAUCACAUUGUACUCGAAAAAUUUAUUGACAACAGUAGCAAAACAUGUUAGGCAAAAUGGAGAGCCAUGGAUGAAAACAGAGUGAUUAUUGUUAGCAUGAGCAAGGGGAUAUUUUUAUUCCUUAAACCGGCGUUUGGUAGAUAGGGAUACGCAUCGGGAGGUGGCAUCACACAGUUAUCUCCAUUGAAAUAGAUUCUUCUAGGAAAAGCCCAACCUUUUUCGAACGUGAAGCUCGAUUUAUCCUUACGGAAUAGAAGCUCCGACUGAACAUUGCCAAACGGGCCAGCUUGCAUGAGCAAAUCG